AUGGCUCCCAGUGCAAACAACGAAGGGUACAGUGUUGGUGGCCAUGACGCUACCACCACAGUUGUUGUGGUAGGGGCAGGUCCGUCAGGAUUGAUGCUUGCGUGCAAUCUGGCUCGCUACGGAAUUGAUGUUGUGAUCCUUGACGAUCGCCCCGACAAGACGUCAACUGGCAAGGCAGAUGGCAUGCAACCAAAGACCAUUGAGACGUUCAAGCAGAUGAGACUUGCGGAGCCUCUUCUCAAGAAUGCAGCUCGGGUGCAUGAUAUUUCCUUCUGGCAAUCGACAGCAGACAAGGAACUCCAUCGAACCGGUCGUCAAACCCACUACCCUGAACACCUCGUUGGCGCAUCCGAUCCCUAUAUCCUCCUCGCACACCAAGGAAUGGUCGAAGAAGUGCUCAUUGACGAUAUGGAAUCGAGGGGUCUCUUUGUGACUCGGAAUAGCCGGUUUACAACCUGCUCUCGUAUCCCAGGGACGAUGCAAUUGGAUGUUUCAUAUGAAGACAUGUCAACAAAUACAAUCAAAACAAUCCGAACAGAUUAUUUGGUUGGAUGUGAUGGCGCAAGGUCGAAAGUUAGAGACUUCAUACCGGAUGCAGAGCUCGAGGGGGAAAUCACAAACGCGUCUUGGGGUGUUCUGGAUGGGGUCAUCGAUACCGACUUUCCUGAUCUAUGGAGCAAGGUGGCGGUGCGAUCGCAUGCCGCCGGAACAAUCCUUUGGAUUCCACGUGAGCGCAACAUGACUCGACUGUAUGUUGAAUUGAGCGCGACGGAUGGCGAACGUGUGGAUCGAGCCAAAGCAACACCCGAAUAUGUUAUCAACAAAGCGCGGGAGGCCAUGCAUCCAUAUCGUCUCGAGUGGAAGUCUCGAGAAUGGUUUGGGAAUUACGUGGUAGGCCAGCGCGUGGCAAAACAUUUUAUGGAUUCAGAUGCGAGAAUUUUCAUUGCUGGAGAUGCUGGGCACUGUCACUCGGCACUUGCAGCACAAGGAGCCAAUACCAGUAUGCAUGACAGUUUCAACCUCGCGUGGAAGCUCAAUCUUGUUAUUCGUGGACUCUCCAAGCCAUCACUUUUAUCCACAUACGAGGAGGAACGUCGGAAGAUUGCCAAUGAUCUCAUCAACUUCGAUGUUGAGCAUUGCAAAGCAUUCUCACAAGGUGAAGCAGCUCUUUCAAAAAACUUCACUGAAAACAUCCGAUUCAUCUCAGGUGUUGGUGCUGAAUACCAGGGCGGCAUACUCAGCCACGGGAAGAACAUCACCUCAGCUAAACUCCAAGCUGGAAAGCUCCAGAUGCCAGCAAAGGUGACGCGGUACAUUGAUGCCAAUCCUGUGGAUAUCCAACUAGACAUUCCACUACUGAGCCAGUUUCGCAUCUACCUCUUCGUUCCGGAUGUUCCCAGAUCCUUGGAAUUCUUGCACGUACUGGGCAAUGAGUUGUUUAAUUCAUCCCUGAGAAAUAUUUCAGAGAAAGCAAAUCAGUCGUAUGGGAAACAGGUCCGGGGAUACGCCCCAUCAGACGAGUUUGUCCAGCCCCAGAGAUAUACAGCCGUGUCAACUGCAUUUACAUAUGCGAUGGUCACUCAGUCUGCUAAAUCUGAGUUUGAAAUUGCGGAUUUGCCCCAAAUACUACAAGAUAGCAGAUGGACGCUAUACCUUGACGAUGAAGACCCCAUCGGUUGCACUAAAAAAUGGUUUGGAGAUUUGAGCCGGCAGACAGUUGGGGUUACAAUUGUGCGACCAGACGGAUACAUCGGGGGGGGAUUGAGACAUGGGACUUAG